CCGACCCGAUACAAAGAAAGGAGGAAGAGCAGCACGCACGGCCACGAAAAGAGGAAUAAUCCUCCCCGUGUAGCGAGUUUAGCCUCCAGCUACCUGCACCGCCCCUGCUUCUCCUGCUGCUGCCAGUGGACUAUGAGUAAAUACAUUCAGGCAUAAUAACCCUUUGUUAUAAGAGAAAGAAACGCGUUUUUGCGACGGGGAUAAAUAAUUGAAAAAAAAAAUGCGUCUGUCCGACUGCGCAUCCCUGGGAGUGAAUAGGGAAUUGCUGCGCCAGUGUCCCGGCUGAGAGACGGAGCCGAUCUCACCCAACCUAAGCUCCUGAGCUUUUCUCCCCCCCCCUCCCCCGUGUCAUUACACAAUAUCGCGGCCAAAAAAUCAUCGUUUCAAACAUGUGCGCAGGGAGACAGAAUAAAAGUUGUGUGUUGGCCAAUGCGCCCCUGCGUCGUUCCCAUCCUGCAGAAGCAUGUCCCGUCGGAAACAGAAACAACCCCAGCAGCUUAUGAACCCGACCCUCGGUGCCUGUCGGAUACUUGAGCAUGAUGACAACUUGGCAGUGAAGUCAAACUCCUUUCCAUUUAACCUGGAUUCUCCUUCGUGCUCUCCAUCGUCCUCUCUUCAAAGCUCCCAGCUGCCCCUCACUCUCCUUUCAUCUAUUAAGGGCUCUCAGACCCCCUCUUUACCCACUGAGGAUUCAGCACUAUCCUGCUCACUGAGCCAGUUGUCCCACCUGCCCCUCAAAGACCCACAGCCCUCCUUCUCUCCUGACUUCCCUUACUGCUCUCCCUCUUCACAAACUCAUCAUCAACCUUCCCUUCAACCGCCUGGUUGCAAAUCUGCAUCAUCUGCUAGUGCCCUCAUCCACUCCUCUCGAAGCGAACACAUGGCUUCUCCAAAGUUGGGGCUGUCAGCCACUACCACCACCUCCUCUUCCUCCUCCUCGUCCUCUGCCUCCUUAUGUCCCCCACCGCACCCUGGAAGCCCCAGCCGUGUGCCUGAGGGGCCCCCAAGUCCUGUUACUCCCACUCCCAGCCCAGGAGUGACAUCUGCCUCAGCUGCACCCUCUAGGGCCCAACUGAGCAUUGCCCUGAUCCUGGAGGAGCUCCGGGUGCUUCAGCAAAGGCAGAUCCAUCAGAUGCAGAUAACCGAGGAGAUCUGUCGACAGGUGCUCCGCCUUGGUGGAGCAUCCUAUACCAUAGACACACCCUCCCAGCAUCUUCUCCCUCCCCUGCCCCAGCUCUGCCUGGAAGGCAGCAAAGGGGCAUCCUGCCCAACUGCACCUCAGCCUUCCACCUCUGUUGCUCCUCUCCUGGCAUGUUUCUCAUCUCUGCUACCCUCUCAGGCAGCCAACAAACCCACAAAGACGAGCAGUUCCUUGUCUCAAAUCCUGCAGCCCCAGAAGCCCCAGAUGGAAGGAACGGGAGGGACUGCAGGGGCUCAUGGUUAUCUGAGGGUGAGUUCUCGGCCCUCAGCGCCCUCCACCUCUUCCUCUGCUGCCAUCUCCAUGGCUUCCUCCACCUAUCCGCUAGGCUUGUCUUUAGCUCUGCCCAACCGCUAUCUUCAUGAGAAAUCUUCAAAUACCACUUCAGUGAGUGGGCACAGUGGCAUGUCCUUCCUGAACUCAUCCCUCCCCACAUCAGUAUCUAUGGUCACAAACUCCCAAAAUGCUAUGCAGUCUUACUCUGGAGGAGCAGACUCUUCCUCUGCGUCCAGCUCCACCAAUAUUGGCCGCCUCCAACAUGCCUGCCGCUUUUGUGGGAAAAUGUUCAGCAGUGACUCUUCCCUACAGAUACAUCUACGCUCACACACAGGGGAACGACCCUACCAGUGUCCAGUAUGCCUCAGCCGCUUCACCACGCGAGGCAAUCUGAAGGUGCACUUCCUACGCCAUCGGGAGCAAAACCCAGAGCUCUCACUUUCACUCCUGCCACCUUCUUUGUUUGGGGUAGCAUUAGGGGCCACUGGGGGUACAGAAAUGGGACAGACCAUGAGCAGUGGUGUCAGUACUAGUGGCAUGAAUAUGAUGCAAAAUAAGCAAAAAAACAGGAAUGAGGAUGAGACAUGUGGAGAUAAUGCAGAGGUCAGUGGAACUGGCUUUUCUCUGGGAGCCUCUGGAGGAUCUACCCCUUCUAGCCUUCCCCUGCCCCCUAGUGUAGACCUGGCAUUGAUUUCCCACUCUCUCCUGCAGCUCAAUAGGGCUGCAGCUGUAGCAGCUGCAGCCUCUAUCACCUCUGGCUCAUCCCACUCUACCUCCACCUCUUCUCUGGCUACUUCCCUCCUCAACAAUCCUUCCUUGUCAUCCUCUUCCACCAUCACAGGGUUAUUCAAGGGUGCAAAGCAGCAGCACUUUGAUGAGAACACCCCCCCUCAUGCCCCAAUGCUUUCUCCUGCAGCCUACUCCCAGCUAGCCCACCUGCCUAAGCUCCUUUUCCCAUCUGUCUCCACUUCCUCUACCUCUGCUGCACACUCAUCCCUCUACAACCAUCCAGCCUUAGGCUUGCUACGCACCCCACUCCCCACUACUCCAGGCUCCCACCAGCUUGCUUCUUCAAGCCAUUCUCAGCUUUCGUUCCCUUUCUCUUCAUUUCCUAAAGUCCAAGGUCAACCAACCACCACUCCAUCCACACUGCCUUCCUCCAUGGUUACCUCAACUCCUACAUCUGAAACCUCCAAGCUGCAGAGGUUGGUGGAAAAGCUAGAAAAAGCUCCCCGCUCUUCUUCUCCAUGGACGGCUUCUUCUAUUUCCUCCUCCAUGCUGGAGAUGUUAUCAAGCAGUGCCACUUCCUCUUCAAGUCGUUUCACAAAUGCCAGCACUUCGACUACAUAUGUCAUGGCGUCCCCACCAUCUUCGACCCGUGCUUCCACUUCUGUUUCAAACUUCACACAUGAGAUGGUGGCUGCCCUAGGCAUGAGUGCCAAUGGCGCGGGUACCAUUGCGGGGGGCUUGCUACCAUCACUAAGUAUCGCAAGUCCAGUUGGUAACCUGACAACCAAUCAGUGUGGGGUGUGUCUACGGGUGCUGAGUUGUCCCAGAGCACUGCGUCUGCACCAGGCUACGCACCUUGGAGAACGCCCUUUUCCAUGCAAGAUAUGUGGUAGAUCCUUCUCUACAAAAGGCAGCCUGCGGUCACAUCUAGCCACCCAUCAUGCCCGACCACCCAAUGCACGCGUCCAAAAUUCUUGCCCACUGUGUCAGCGUAAGUUCACUAAUGCCCUAGUGCUUCAGCACCACAUCCGUAUGCAUCUUGGUGGACAGUUGCCCACAGAUGGCACAGACGAUUCUGCACAUGAGAUGCCAGCUGAAUCAAAUGCCAAACCCUUGUCACAAUCUCAAUCCCAGUCAAUUGACCCAAAUAUUGUCUCUAGUAAAACACCUCCUCUAGCAGGCCACUCUAAGAGCCCAGCCACAAGCUCAGAAUUUCAAACUCCAGCAGUAGGUUCAGUCCCUGUAUUUGGCAGUGCACAAUCAGUUGAGUUUAACAAAAAUCCCAGCAGGUCAGGGUCCUCCAGCCCAGACCUCAUCCCCCCAUCUGACCUUAGCCCUGACCCAUUCAUGAAUCCCACCACAAAAACUCCCCCACCAGGCAGUGUAGAACCCCCUCUCCUUUGUGUCAGCGCUCCCUUGCCAGCCUCCAAGCAGACAGAUCUGACUUCCCCAGUUGGCAGAGACAACCAAGUUGAACAACAAGCUACUGCUGAUGUCCAUCUUACUAAAGCCACCCCCUCUCCAAUCUCCUCAACGGUUACCAAAAAAACCACAGUGUCAGCUAAUACUAUGGUUGUGGACGGUGUAGAAGAUGAAGCUUCUACCUCCUCCGAAGCGUUCCAUGGCUCCAGAUCAAACCUGGAGGACUUACAAAGCACACCUGUCCUUGGUGACUCCUUUGCUUACAUCGGUCCCAGUACCUCCUCUGAUCUCAUCCUGAGUCAAGAUGUUCCUAAUGUUGUUGAAACACCAACCUUGGAAACGGAGUCUGUCUCCCCACGUCCCAAAUCACCAGAACCCAUGGACGAGGACCAAGAUCAGUCUUCUGCACAAGCGACACCAAAGCAAGACCAAGCAACUGUGCCUGACGAGGACCCCAACGUGUCAUCCACUUUGGAGACUGCUGACACUGUUGCGGCUCAGGUAAUGGAUGUAUCACAGAGACCUGCCACUUUUGUAAGGGAGACACGUCAGAGCUUUCAUUUUGGUUCAUAUGGGAGGGAAGACCGGGGAGUAGCUGUUAAGAUUAGUGGAUUGGCUCCAACUGAAACACUGGAUGGUUCAAUCCCCAUCAACCUUACCCCAACCCUCCCAUCUCCAAUGUCUCGCCCUGAGAAGAAGACCUAUUGCUGUGCGGAGUGUGGAAAGGAGUAUGCCAGUCGCAGUGGACUUAAGGGGCACAUGAAGCACCAUGGUGUGGUAACCAAAACAAUACGUCCACCAGCCCGGAGUAGUCGUUCCUCCGCUGACCAACUUCCUUCUUCUACAUCUAUGACUUCCUUAAAUAUUCCGGCCACCAGGAGCUCAGCAGGCUUCUGGAACCAGUACCAAGCCUUCCUCAACACCAGUAGCGAGCCAACCGAUGACCCGACUGCUGGCGGCCAAGGAGACGAUGAGUCUGCACGGUCGGCAAAAUCGCCUAUUCGAUCUCAGUUAGAUCCAAGAGCCGCUGAGGAAGCUGGGCAAGAGUCUAGUGAGGAGUCAUAACUCGAGUCGGCGUGAUUGGCUGGAUAAUGUUCUGGUGUUUUCAAUCAAUGUUUACCUUUUGGUGAAACCGUAUGAACAUUUGCGUAGUACCUGCUUCCUUAACACAUUUCAAUUAGCCCGUCCGUUUGAUAGUCAGAGUAAUAUGUUUGUACGUCAAAGUUGUGAGUCAAUCAGCUUGGUCUUGUGGUGUUUAAAAGAAAAGAGACAGCUAAUGUAUAAAUAAAGAUGAAAAUAUUCAAGAAGUAACACAGUCCAGUUUUUGCUUGAUUUUAUAAAGUGACACUACCAUUGUCUGGCUGAAGUUGUUAAUAGUUUGAUGCACAUUCUAACAGUAUCCCUGAUGUAUCAAUGUUUCUUAUCAGACCUGGGUCAAAUAAUUGAUUUAUAUUUGACAUUAGCUAGUGAGUCACAAGAGUGCACUAAAAGAAUAGUUUAAAAUAAGUAAAUGUCAGUAUUUAAACAUGUUUGUACUUCCAAAUCUGAUCCAACUGGCACCAAAGGAGGCUCAAGCUAACCAAAAUGUUUUUUUGUUUUUUUGCAAAUGCUUCCCGACCUAGGUCUGUUUCUUAUCUAAAAGAUGUUUUCCUGCAGUCACUGAAGGAACUGAUAACAAGUUGUGCUUUGCGUGAGCACACAAGCCCAACAAACUGAAUGUUUUUCUGUGGGGAAUAUUAUGUUUGUAGUCCCGUUUUGUGGUUCAGCUAAAUUACUCUCAUGUCAUUGUGAUUUUAGUUUUCACGAUAUUGUCCCGUCAAACCAGAAGCACAGCUGCAGUGUUUGUGAACCCAGUGAGGACAUGGUCUUGUGUGUGACCUUCAGCUUUGUGAAUAUUAUGAUUGUUGUUUGGUCCAAAAGUAAUAUCCGUAACGCUUUUCAGUUACUAAAACAUUUAAGUUGCUAUAAAUAUAUCAGAAGUCUAUGUCUGUGUGUUGUAUGCUGUAUGUUCAG